AUGACGAUUUCGAUCAAUCCGGCCAAACUUGUUCUUUCAAUCUUGAAGGAGCGUGAUAUACCUGUUAAGGGCAAUGAAGUUACGCAGGCUUUUGAUAAUGAGCCAAACUCCAGAAAGAAUGCGGAGUGGAUGCUGGGAUUCCUAAGCCAGGAGUCCCUCUUGUCGCAAGAAGAGCUUACCUUGUACAACCAGCUCGAAAGCUCGGGUGCCUUGCAAGGCAUCCUCGGCGACUCCGAAACCACCAAGACCCGACCGCUCCUGGACGAAGACCUUCGGAAAGCGAUCGAGUCGCUCAACACGUCGACUGCUGCUAUACAGAAACAGACCGAAAUACUGCAAUCCCAAUGCGAAAGUUUGAACAAGCACCUCGGUCUAGAAGGGGAACGGGCACUCGCGCAAAAGAGGGAAUCGGAACGGCUACGCCAAAAACACGAAUGGGAAAGACAGAGUAUAACAAAUGCGUCUAAUGAAUUGGCCGAAGAAGUGAGCGCGAGCCUGAAAAACGAGUCGGAAAGAAUGAUCAUAGACGGGAAAAGGAUACUCUCCUCUUUGUCAUCACAGUUAAAGGAGGAUGACAGGACAUUCGCCCACCUGGAGAGGCUUGCAUCCGGAGUAAAGUCGAUUAACGAAGAUGCCUUGUUGUCGAAACAAGCCUCGGAGCUGAUUGCGAUGCUAACCGAAUAUACCACCGAGGAUAUACAGCACCGACUUGACCGAUCGUACCUGGAGGGCAUCCAGGACGGCCAUGAAUCUGUCAACGGCUCAGAAGAACUCGAUACCGGUCUCAUAUCUGCACUAGAAGGAGAAUUGGAAUCUCUCUAUCCAGAAAUCGACGUACUUGCUGAAGUGUCCACGAAGCAGCAACAUGGUGAGCCUAUAUUACGCGAGCUCCACAAUCACCAUGAACAACUGCGCGUCGCUGCACACAAGAAGCUUGACUAUGUCACGGAAAUUGUAACGGAGUUGGUAGCGUCUGCCGAAAGCUCGACCAAGCGUUUACAAGAUCGCGAGUCCGUCUGCGGCGCUCUCGAAACCCUCAGCGCCGCGUACCAAUCGGAGGUAAAAGAUCGAAUUCCACACAAUACGGUCUCAAGGAGCAAUACAAUGAAGAGGCGCUCCGUCCAAUUCAAGCCGACGCUUACGCCGGCUGAAGAGAGUCUUAGCUCUUCCCCCGAGCAUCACGCUCUAGCAGGUCUUCUGCGCCGCACCGGCCUAUCUCUGGAAUCGGUUUUUCAGCCUGAAGAAUGCAGGGGUGCAGCUUCUCUGGAUGAAAGGAGAUUGGUCAUGCUUGAUUGCCUACGCGGCUAUGGUGUCGCAGCGGAUGCGCCUUUAAUGGCUGAAAUGGGUCCGACCGACCGGGCUACCCGGCUUCUAUCAUACCAUCUCAACGCAAGUGGUCAAUUUGAGGCUUCGCUGCGCGACGCGGAAAACGAAGACAGGCUUUCUCUGCUUGAUUCACAACUGCGACACCUUCAACAGGGAAUCGGACGGCUUAACCUAGAAGGGCUCCAUCGACGAAAUCAUGACCAUGAGAGCUUCAUGGCGAGGUGGUCAUAA